AUGAAUCUGCUAUUGUUUCCUUUUUCAACAUAUCAUGCGAAUUACCAACCAGAUGUUUUAACUAAUGUUUUACUUUUGGAAGCAGAAGAUGAGGCCACAAAUAAAAAGUCAACAAUAAAUGAUGAAGAAGAUGAAAGUCAAGAUAAAGAUAUGACUAGCUUCACCGUCGACAAAAAUGUCCCGAAUAUUAGCAAAAAGGAAACAAAAUUUUGGGAGGAAAAGAUAGAGAGUUAUUUAAAACCACAUGAUAAGAUGGAUAAGUUUACGAUUGCACGAGAGAAAAAACUGAAAACCGAAUUAGUUGAGUUAAGGAAUAGCGUCUGCUUAUUUGUUUAUCUUUUGAAUGCCAUUCUUGUAACAAUUAUGUUUGGGCUAACACAAGUAAAUGCUUUCAAAGACUCAUUAACAGCUGGAUUUGACUGUGGUGGCGAAAAUAUUUCGAUUGUCCCUAUAGCAAUACUUUUUAGUGCUGUAUUUGGAAUUCUUCUUUUAAUACAGUUUUUAUGUAUGCUGUACCAUAGAUUUUCCACGCUCGUUCAUAUCACUGCUAAUACUGAUUUACGUAAUACUGACGAUGAAUAUAGUGCUGAAAUAUUGAAGAAAAUUGUUGCUGAUGCUGUAGAACGGAACAGGGACCAACCAGAAGACGGAACGGACAUGGACAUGAAUAGAUCUGUGUUCAAAGCUAAGGAAAAGCGUUAUGAAAAUUUCAAAGAUUUGAUGAUGAGAAAUCAACCGAAACUACGAUCAAUGAUUAAAGGAUCGCUUUACUUAAAGAAUUUGUCAAUGCAGAAGAAAGUAACAGACAAAUGGCUAUCUGUUUUAAACAAACAGAAUAAACCAGAACCAAAAUUAAAAAAUGUUGUAGAAAAAGUUAAGAACAGUAAAAUUGGUCCGGCGCCAGCGAAUGAUUCUCAACCGGCCACUUCUAACACAGAUAGCAAUGUUUAAACAUGAAGGUAGUAAAAUGAAUGAAACAAAUUGUAGAUAAUAUUUUUUAGUUACAAAUGACACAAAUGCAAAAAGGAAAAAGAAAAAUUAUAAUAAAUAAAUACUUGCCAUUUCUGUCAUAAAAUCAAUAAUAUUUCUUAUAAUUAUG